GACAAAGACGGUCGAUUGGCUGGGGCUGGUUUGAGUGGCAGGCGGGAGGCGCAGUCAGAGCAGCGAGAGGCCACGUGUAGCAGGAGGAGGGCGGGACGUAGAGUUUUCGGCCCAAUCAGAAGCCAGAGUGAGUCUGACCUUCGAUUGCAACGCAAAACUGCCAUGAUGGUUGAUGGCAAACCGCCCAAAAUCUGGAUUCAGCAGAAGAGAUCGGACUGCGUUGGCCUCAGCUGCGUGUCCAUGAGGAGCGACCGCCCCAUGCGUCACCCUGUGGCUUUCAAAGAUGCACAACACUCUACUAAUAAAGAAGACCUUCAGGACAGGUGUGAGGCUGCCAGUGUUCAGUCUGCCCAGGAGCCGCAAACAGACCUGGACUCCAUAUUUCGGAACGAGCUGAAGAGGGUCCGGAGGCUCCGAGUGUUCGGAGAUGGAGAGGGAGGAUGAGGCGGAGGGGGAGACAGAAGGGAAGAGAAGCAGCAGAGCAGCGUUUCUGAAGAUCACACUGUACUUCAUGAAGAGAAUGACGCAGGGGGAGAUGAUCAAUAAUCUGCAGAACCGCCCAGCUGCAGCAUCCCACAUCAUGACUAAAGAGGAGAACCUGGAGGUGCAGGAGAAGGAGAGGCACGACCGGGAGGAGCAGGAGGAGGGGAGGGUCCAGAGAGAGGAGGAGGAGGCUCUGACCGAAGAGGAGGAGGAGGAGGACGAAGACGUGGAGGAAGAGGAGGAAUACGAGCUAGAGGAGAGGGAGGGCGAGGAGAAGGCAGAGGCGGAAGAUGAGGAGGAUGACGAGCAGGAGGAGGAGCGGGAGGAAACAGGGGAGAGGGAGGAAGAGGAGGAUCCGCCAGUAGGUCAGGAGCCUGAGGCCGAGCCGGAGACGGAGCCGCUGUCGGUGUCCGAGUACCAGAGUCCAGUUAAUGAGCCGCGCCGCCGAGCCAUGGUGCACCCCUCCGCCCAGGCACCGCUGCCCAAAGAUUAUGCCUUCACCUUCUUCGACCCGAAUGACCCGGCCUGUUUGGAAAUCCUCAUGGAUCCUCGCACCACCAUCCCGGAGCUGUUCGCCAUUGUGCGUCAGUGGGUUCCCCAAGUGCAGCACAAGAUCGACAUCAUCGGCAACGAAAUCCUGAAGCGUGGCUGCCACGUGAACGACCGCGAUGGUUUGACCGACAUGACGCUGCUUCACUACAGCUGUAAGGCCGGAGCACACGGAGUCGGCGAUCCGGCGGCAGCGCUGCGUCUCACCAGCCAGCUGAUCUCUUUGGGCGCCGACGUGAGUCUUAGGAGUCGCUGGACCAACAUGAACGCCCUGCACUACGCCGCUUACUUCGACGUCCCAGAACUGAUCCGAGUCCUGCUCAAAGCCGCCAAACCCAGAGUGAUGAACUCCACAUGCAGCGAUUUCCACUAUGGUACAGCUCUCCACAUCGCUGCCUCCAACCUCUGUCUGGGUGCAGUGAAAUGUCUGCUGGAGCACGGAGCCAACCCCAUCGUCCGGAAUGAUAAGGGCCAGGUUCCAGGAGAGGUGGUUCCUGACCCAAUGGACAUGAGUCUGGACAAGGCCGAGGCAGCCAUGGUAGCCAAAGAGCUGAAGCAGCUGCUGCUGGAUGCCGUCCCUCUGAGCUGCAACCUUCCCAGAGCCACACUGCCCAACUACGACAACAUCCCAGGAAACCUGAUGCUGACCUCGCUGGGGCUGAAGCUGGGAGACCGUGUGUUGCUGGACGACAUGAAGCUCCAGAGAGACCAGAGCAGAGACGACAUCCCGGCUGCAAACCUCAGACAGACCGGCACUCUGAGGUUUUGCGGUACAACAGAGUUUGCCAGCGGUCAGUGGGUCGGCGUGGAGCUUGACGAGCCCGAGGGGAAGAACGAUGGCAGUGUGGGUGGCGUCCGCUACUUCAUCUGCCCUCCUAAACUAGGGAUUUUCGCCCCCGUGUCAAAGAUUUCCAAGGCUUUGGACCUGACACCUUCGUCUGCCACCUCCACCCCGCGAACCCCCCGCAUGGACCUGGCCUCCCGCCUCGCUGGAAAGACCAAGAAGGAGAAAGAGAAGAAGGAAAAGGAGAGAGAGAAAGCCCAGAGGAAGAAGUCAUCAGUAGCCGGCCUGGAUCCAGAGGGAAUGAACGUGGAAGUCGGAGAUCAGGUUCUGGUGGCCGGACAGAAACAUGGCGUCGUCCGUUUCUAUGGCAAGACCGACUUCGCGCCAGGUUACUGGUUUGGUAUUGAGCUGGAUCAGCCGACAGGAAAACACGACGGCUCGGUGUUUGGAGUUCGUUACUUCAGCUGCCUGCCCAAAUAUGGAGUGUUCGCUCCGCCCUCCCGCGUCCAGAGAAUCGGAGGCCCUAAAGACGGCUCACGGGAUGACAACUCCAUGGUGAAGAAAGUCCACCAGGUCACCAUGUCACAGCCCAAGCGUAACUUCAACACGAUGCGUUCUCCGAAGGACCUGACUUCUGAGAGCUCCAUAUCCAGGUUGCUGUUCUGCUGUUGGUUUCCGUGGAUGCUGCGUGCUGAGAUGCGGUCCUAACCACGCCCCCCUCUCCUUCCUCUACUCCUCCACCAGAUCGAUCUCUCCGCUCCUUCCUCUCUCCACCUUUUACUUUAGUUUUCCGCUCCGAGUCUCCUCAGACUAUCACUAUCGUCAGUCAAACGUCUCACAGUGAAACCCCGUCCCUCUUCUCUCUAACUCUCAGCCCAAAUCCUUCUAAUUUAGCCGUUCUAUAGCAAAAUCUAUAGUGCCUUGUAUCUGAUAUAAAAACGUCCUGAAUUCCUUUAAUGAAACUGAAACAGCUCUGUUAAGCAGUUCCCCUAAAAACAAUCUCUUUACCUUUUUACACGUCUUAUCAUUUCGUUGUCCCAGCUUGGUAUCUUCCAUGUUGUACCCGUAUUCGGGGCAGAAACUGCUGUUUACUUUCCCUAAGGAUAACAAAAAACACAUAACAUUAGUUUGCGCUGCUACGUUUUUCGUUUUUGCUGCUACUAGAUUUGGGUCUUGCCAGAUUUUGCGUUGAGUGCCAGAUGACUUUGUCACAAACGUGCAUAUCAGCCGAGGUUGGCACCUGUGAGCUAAAAAAAGAAAGAAAAUAACGCUAACACUUUGACUCAUAGAUUGCAGUUUGCAAACGUGUGCAUACUUGUUAAAUCCAGAAAACAUACUCUGCAUAAGUACCUGAAUGCAGACCGCGACGGCCAUAUAGGUCCUGGGAAACAAAUCCUGAGGACGGAAGGGAUGUAGCUCGAUUCUGCCUGGCUCAAAAUGUUUGGGUACUCGUGCAGAAAAUGUCUCGAGUAUCGAGUCGUGUGUUCGUAGUGUUGGACCCUGAUCUGGCUGCUGCUGCCUCACCGCUGGUCGGAGACCAAGAACUUCAUUUAACAGUUUGCUGUCUCUGUUGUGUAAAUUUACAGUUCUCUGUUGCGUUGAGACCGUCUCUCCACUCGGUACAGUCCUGGUCCCAUGGGGGCACUUGACGUAGACCCUCUUUAAGACGCCACUGCUGCGGUGUCCGUGGAGUAAUGUGGCCAUAUAAGAACCACGCCUCCAUGGUCUCCGAUUAACCGCGGUUUGAACGAGUUUCGGAGCCACGAGCCAGAGAGACAGUUUCUCCACUCAGAGAACUGGGGUUACACAAUGUAACCGUAAGCAUAAAAGUCAGUGCUUCAAAUUCAGUCUCAAUCCUCGAAAACUUUUUAACUCCAAACUGAGUGUGAAGAACCUUUAUCACCUGCAUGCUUUAAUCUCAGAUGUCAAACUGAAAACAGGGUUUAUCAGCUACUGACUUUAUUGUACUUUAUCAUGGUGUUACAGUCAGUUAUAUUUUUUUAUCUUUCAGAUGUAUGUAACAGGCCUAAUGUCAGUGUUGGGAUUGUGAGAUGACAAAAUGGUUCUUGGUCUCUAUGAAGUAUCUCCUGUCGCAUACGGGGAUCGUUACUCUGUAGUUUAUGUGGGUGCCGUCAUUUUACCACAAGUUGAAUUUGAUGUAACUGCACAUCUUUAAGAUAAAUUGUAGCUUUAUGUUGUGCUAGUUGACCUUUCACUCGAAAUCUUAACACAAAGGAAACGGCACGACUGGAUUUUCUCCUUCGCUCCUUUGAAAAACAAAAGACUCCGUUUUAGUCUUUACUAGAUGAAGUACUGAAGAUAGACGUUGUAGCAGACGCCUUAGAAUAACUCAUUUUUGAUCAGUAAUAAUACAGACAUUAGUCCAACUAGUUAGAGUUAAAUUAGAGUGUAUUAUAGAAAUCUUAUAAAGAGCUGCAGUUGUGAUCUGUCAUUAACCAAAACUGCUAACAGACCCAAAACCAUGAUUUCCUCUGAUGCAACUUAAAAAUCCAAAAUGUUCAAAUCAAAGUGUUUUCAGCCCUGCUAAAAGUCAUAUUAAGGUUUUUGUGUUGCUGCUGUCUUGUUUGCAUCUGAAAACUAAACAAAAACCCCCAACUUUUAAUAACUUUUUUUAACAAUAAUCACCCGUACAACUCUGCGACCCGUCAUCACGCAUCGAUCUCCUCUAUCUCGACGUUUUCAAUUUCCUACCACAGAAAUUUAAACCCUGGAAAAUCUCUCCGGAGAGUCCGUGAUAUUUGAAAAAGUUCCCCUCUCUGCCGCUCCCCUUCCUCUCUCAUCCCUCUUUCUCCAUUUAAAUAAGACUUCUGUACCUUUUGUGAAUGUGAGCAUCCACGAAAAGACAAAAACAAAAACACAAGUUAAUAUAAACUUACACGUGUGCUUAAUGUUGAAAUCUCUCUUGAAGUAUGUGCAUAACUGAAAACAGCAAUAUGUAAACAGUGUACCUAUCUCUGUGUGGAAAUGGUUCCUGUGUUAAUGUCUCUUUACACUCUGUAAGCACACUGAUACAGAGAGAUGAACACGCUCACACUCUGAUGGCCGAGGUUGCCGGGGCGGGACACUCGAAAACAUUUUUCCGGCUGAGAAAACAACCAGACAACCAAAAGGAAUCGAUCUGUGGAGGUAUGUUUACACCUCAGUGACUCGUAGGUUCGAAAAUCCAAGGGGCCAUUGACCUUUUUGUUGUGGCCACAGUAGCAGGCGAAUAUAGAGUUAAGUUAACC